AUGUCUUCAGACUGGACCAGUAGCUUCAGAGCUAUCCUUGUUAGUUAUAAAUCCAAGUUCUUGGCUGCCAAAGAUUCAAAGUCGGAGCGGUCUCAUGUGAUCAAGAAAAUUCGAAAGGCCAUAGUUGCAGCUCACAAGGAACAAGGCGAACAAGUGCCUUUGCCAAGUCCUUUGAAGAAGGCAAUCAAGAAAUACUACGGACAAAAACCUGACGAAGAAGAAUCUGAUGAGGAAGGAGCUGCAAAGGCAAGGGAGAUUAGUGCCCGUCCAAAGGAAGCUGCUUUCUAUAAGAAAAAGCUGACCGACUGGGACGUGGCUCAGAGAUUGUUUAAACAAGAAAUGGAUGAAUUCGACAAGGCAGAGCAGGUGAGAAAAGGUGUGAAGGAUCCCAUCAAGUUUCGUACUUGUCAUGCGCGAGAAUGGUUCAACCAAAUGUCAUUGACACAGAAGAAAGAAGUCGAUUAUGCACGAGAGAAGUGGAACACAGAGGGGGCACCAGAAGAAAGCCAGGUUAUGUAUCGUAAGAAUAAUCUCAAGAAAGUCCUUGAAGAUUUUUCUGAACAACUCCGUCGAACUAUGGGUUGCCAAGUCGUGAUGCUUGUCAGUCACAAAAAACAAGCAAAUCAGACAUUGAAUGUCACCUUACAUGAAUCUCAGCCUAGGAAUGUCAAAAAAAGUUUCUCUGUCAGCUCAGACAGUAUCAAAGAGUGGACUUCAACUGGGUUCGAGUUUUUUGCUGAGUGGGCGAAGGGCGAAUUUUACCCAACAGCUGAUCAAGACGACAAGGAAGAGGAGGAACAUGGACUACCUGAACUCAUUUUGGACGAUGAAGGCUAUGCCCAACUUCCUUCUUGCGAUGGUAUCAGACUCAAGGAUCAACAAGAACUCGUAUGUAUGAUUUUUCAUGCUGCAUACAAAGUUUUCACUGGCAGUAGUAAGCCUGUGCCCUGGCGUACCAUCACUCCUUGUCCGUCACAGUAUUUGGCGGCUAGUUCUGUUCCAGAUAAUCUUCUCAUCUGUGACCCCUCUCACAUGAGAUCGAAGGAUAUCAGUGUCAUCUGGAGGUAUUGGGAGAGUCGGAGCACGGCAAACAAGAGGCUUGUCUCUUUUAUCAAGGCAAGACCAUCGGACAUGAGACACAGUAAAAGGGACAAAGCAAGUUCCAGGAAGGUGAAACCAUAUGACGAAGUUACCUCUGAAGAAGAACAGCAUAGUCUAGCUGGACUGGGUGCUACUUUAGCUGUAGCAUCACCAGCUGAGGUUUCACUUGACCGUCGUUUUGAAUUUUUAGAUGCUCUCAGCACUGAUAGCUCUUACCUGGAGCUCGUAGAUGCAGUCAAGGAUCUUGCUAACAUGACGGAAAAAUUUCCGAUACCACAAGAGGAGCUUGACUUACCUCCAUGGGUUGAUUGGCAUUGUGGAGAGUCUUACCUUCCUGAGUAUCUGCACAGGUCACAGGACAUGGUGAUGGCCAGCUUGGAGCUAUUGACAAAUGCCUCAAUCAGGUCUUCGCACUCAGCUGCCCUAGUGGUCUUGGGCCUGGGUUUGAUUUUGAGAGACUGCAAACGAGUCAUAGAGUAUGAAGAAGAGGAGGCCCUACCUGGUACCCCCUCCUACUUGGCCAGUUCAAUCAUGGACCUCCAAUGUAUGAUUAAGGUGGACAGUGCAAUCAGCCACACUGCAAGCUCCAUUGUAGGCCUCAUUGAGUUGGCGAUGAAGGCUACAUCAGGUAACUUUAAUGACAGUGAUCAGGGGGAAAUGGGGGGAGUUGAUGGUGAGGACAAGGACCAGGAGGAGGACGAGGAAGAGGAUAAGGAAGAAGAAGAGGACAAGGACAAGGAAGAGAAGGAGAAGGAGAAGGACCAGGAUGAUGAGCAGGAGGAGGUGACAGGAGAUUCGGAUGUGCAGAUGCAGGAGGUGGAGAAGGACGACAAGGCAGGCAAAUCCAAAGGGAAGAAAAGGGUGAGAAACCAGACUUCCUCAGUGAAGACUAAGAAGGCCAGGAUUGAAGAGGAACCAAUUCGUCGGUCCACCAGAUCUAGGCAACCCUCUAGGAAGAAUAUUCUUUAG